AUGACGGGGGAAACUUUCGUCAAGACCCUCACGGGUAAGACCAUUACCCUCGACGUUGAGUCGAGCGACACCAUCGACAACGUCAAGGCCAAGAUCCAGGACAAGGAGGGUAUCCCCCCCGACCAGCAGCGUCUGAUCUUCGCCGGUAAGCAGCUUGAGGAUGGCCGCACCCUGAGCGACUACAACAUCCAGAAGGAGUCCACUCUCCACCUCGUCCUCCGUCUCCGUGGUGGUAUCAUCGAGCCUUCCCUUAAGGCCCUCGCCUCCAAGUACAACUGCGAGAAGAACAUCUGCCGCAAGUGCUACGCCCGCCUUCCCCCUCGUGCCACCAACUGCCGUAAGAAGAAGUGCGGUCACACCAACCAGCUCCGCCCCAAGAAGAAGCUCAAAUAA